GCGGCAGGCCAGUCGUUCGGAAUACGCGGUCGGGGACGCGUGGAACUAUGGGUAUCUCAGUCGUUCUCUUUGUCAUGCUGGGUUUGACUGUCGCCGGCUAUCUGCUUGGCACGCGACAGGCCUAUGCAGUCACCGGCAACAGGCCUCAUCAGCUUCAUUCGCUGCCCAGCUACCACGGUCUCUAUCUGGCAUCCUGGGUCCUGCUACCAGCCUUGGUGUUGAUGGUGCUUUGGUUGAUCGCCGAGCCGCAUGUCGCGGAGAUUCGGCUGGUCGCCAAUCUGCCGGACGACUUCUCGCAGCGCAGUAUCGAUCAGCAACAGCUUCUGAUCGGCGAUAUCAAGGCGCGGGCGCUGGGCGGUAUCGUCUCAGGCGCUUUGGACCCCGUCUAUCAGACCGCUGGUCAGGUCUACGCCGACACCCUGGCCGCGAGCCGCUGGCUGAUGAUCGCCGUGAUGGUGGCCUUGAUGGCCGGGGGCGGUCUUCUGGCGCUGCGGCGCGUGCAGCCGGAUAUGCGUGCCCGCAACAAGGUCGAGCAAACCGCCUCGAUCAUCAUGAUCAUCGCCUCCACCAUCGCGAUCAUGACGACGAUCGGGAUCAUCUUCUCCCUGCUGUUCGAAACCGGGCGUUUCUUCAGCAAGGUGCCCAUUACGGAGUUCCUGUUCGGCACCCAGUGGUCGCCCCAGAUCGCGCUGCGUGCCGACCAGGUCGGAUCGUCGGGUGCGUUCGGCGCGAUCCCCCUGUUUGCCGGAACGUUGCUGAUCACGCUGAUCGCGAUGUGCGUCGCGGUACCCAUCGGCCUUUUCAGCGCCAUCUACAUGUCGGAGUAUGCCGGAAAGAAGCUUCGCUCCUCCGCCAAGCCCGUGCUGGAGAUCCUGGCCGGCGUUCCGACCGUGGUCUACGGCUUCUUCGCGGCGCUGACCGUGGCACCCUUCUUUCGGAAUACCGGUGAAUCCAUCGGGCUGACCGUCUCGUCCGAAUCCGCCCUGGCUGCCGGAAUCGUCAUGGGGAUCAUGAUCAUCCCCUUCGUCUCCUCCCUGUCCGACGACGUGAUGAACGCCGUUCCUCAGUCCCUGCGCGACGGCGCUUACGCGCUGGGGGCCACCAAGGCGGAAACAGUCCGCCAGGUGAUUCUGCCGGCGGCGCUCCCGGGCAUCGUCGGUUCGGUGCUGCUGGCGGUCAGCCGUGCGGUGGGGGAAACCAUGAUCGUCGUGAUGGCGGCGGGUCUGGCCGCCAACCUUACCGCCAAUCCGCUGGAAGCGGUCACGACCGUGACGGUUCAGAUCGUCACGCUGCUGGUCGGGGACCAGGAGUUCGACAGCAUCGCGAUCCGCCGGCCGGAUCUCUCUCCGGCCCGGGUUCGCCGGCGUUACGCCGCCGAGACGCGCUUCAAGACCUAUGGGCGUCUGGCGAUCGCGGCCGCCGUGAUCAUGCUGGGCAUUCUGCUCUUCUCGAUCGUCGGACGGGGCUGGAUCGCCUUCUUCCAGACCCAGAUCGGGGUGGACGUCUUCCUGGAUCCCAACGAGAUCCAGAUCGAACGCAAUGCCGAUGGCGAGAUCAUCGACAUCGACGGCGAGUUCCGCAGUCUGGUGAACGACGCGCUCUUCGCGCUCUUUCCCAACGUCGAGGAUCGGACGGAACGGCGUGCCCUACGCAACCUCGUGACCCGCGACGCGUCCUUCGAGCUUCAGGCCGCCGUCGAGGAAAACCCGGAUCUGAUCGACCAGACGAUCCGAGUCUGGAUCACCUCGUCCGACGAUAUCGAUACCUAUGUGAAGGGUCAGAUCACGCCCAUCGAAACCUUCGAGGUGGCCGGUGUCGCGACGCCGACGGGAACAUCCGGUGAGAUCGAGGUUCUGACCGGAGCCAACGACUUCGCGAACAUCGCGGACGAAGUUAAGACGCGGCUGGCCGAACUGUCCGAAGAUCGUACUGCCGCUGCUGAAGCUGCCGGCAACGCCGCUCUGCGCUUGCAGGACGACUUGGUUGAGGUGCGAGAGGAUCUGGCGGAAGCCGAUGCGGAAGACAUCCCGCGGCUCGAAGAGCGCGCUGCGCGGCUUGAAGCUCAGAUCAGCUCGCUGACUGCCAAUGCCGAAGCCGCGACCAGGGAUGCCGAGGAUCUGCGUGCCCGCUCCGUGCGUGUCGGUGGCAUCGAGGAGCUGAACAACCGUUUGCCGAGCUAUCUCGUCGCUAUCAAUGGCGGUCUGGUGAAACUGACCGCCGUGGCGCCGGCGCGCGCCAGGGGUGAAGUCCUGAUUCCUCUGGAGUCCGAGGCCAGUGUGCAGCCUGAGGACUGGACCCUUCUGUCCUACGUCACUGCCGAGUCCGACCGCCGCGUGAAGGACAACGAGGUGGCCUGGAUCGAAACUCUGCGCGAGCAGGGUCAGGUCCGAACCGUCUUCAACACGCCCUUCUUCACCGAGGCUGACAGCCGCGAGCCGGAGCAAGCGGGGAUCUGGGGCGCGGUGGUCGGUUCGUUUCUGACGCUGGUGAUAACGCUGACUCUGGCCUUUCCGGUCGGUGUUCUGGCAGCGAUCUACCUGGAGGAGUUCGCGCCGAAGAACCGUCUGACCGAUCUGAUCGAG